UCAUCUCAGCUUAAUAAUCCCCAGUUUGUAUGGGUGGUACCAGCUUUGCGUCAACUCCAUGAAAUUACCCGCUCAUUCAUAAAACAAACCUAUCAGAAGCAAGACAAGAGCAUUAUUCAAGAUUUGAAGAAAAAUUUUGAAAUAGUGAAAUUGGUAACUGGAAGCUUGAUAGCUUGUCAUCGACUUGCGGCAGCUGUGGCUGGGCCCGGAGGCUUAAAUGGUUCUACACUAGUGGAUGGCCGAUACACUUACCGGGAGUAUUUAGAAGCGCAUCUAAAAUUUCUGGCAUUUUUCUUGCAAGAAGCUACUCUGUAUCUGGGUUGGAAUCGUGCCAAGGAAAUCUGGGAGUGUCUUGUGACUGGCCAGGAUGUUUGUGAAUUAGAUAGAGAGAUGUGUUUUGAAUGGUUUACAAAAGGGCAGCAUGAUCUCGAGAGUGAUGUUCAGCAGCAGCUCUUCAAGGAGAAAAUUCUUAAAUUGGAGUCAUAUGAAAUCACUAUGAAUGUCUUUGACCAAUCCACUAAACUUGUAAUAAUUGAGAGAUUGCUGCUUCUGGCAGAACGCUAUGUGAUCACUAUAGAGGAUUUUUACUCUGUUCCACGAACUAUUCUACCUCAUGGUGCCUCAUUUCAUGGACAUCUUUUAACUCUUAAUGUUACCUAUGAGUCUACCAAAGACACCUUCACUGUAGAGGCUCACAGUAAUGAAACCAUAGGGAGUGUUCGGUGGAAGAUAGCCAAGCAGUUGUGCUCUCCUGUGGAUAAUAUACAGAUAUUUACAAAUGAUAGUCUGCUGACAGUGAAUAAAGAUCAAAAGCUACUCCACCAACUGGGCUUUUCUGAUGAACAAGUCCUUACAGUAAAGACUUCUGGCAGUGGGACCCCAUCUGGGAGCUCAGCAGAUUCAUCAACCAGCUCCAGCAGCAGCAGCAGUGGUGUUUUUAGUUCAUCCUAUGCCAUGGAGCAGGAGAAAUCCCUCCCUGGUGUUGUGAUGGCACUUGUAUGUAAUGUGUUUGACAUGCUUUACCAGCUUGCCAAUCUAGAGGAGCCAAGGAUAACUCUACGAGUACGAAAGCUUCUGCUCUUGAUACCCACUGAUCCAGCCAUUCAGGAAGCCCUGGAUCAACUUGAUUCCCUAGGAAGAAAGAAGACAUUACUGUCUGAAUCAAGUUCUCAGUCUUCAAAAUCUCCAUCCCUGUCUUCAAAGCAGCAGCAUCAGCCAAGCGCCAGUUCAAUUUUAGAAAGUCUGUUUCGAUCUUUUGCUCCAGGAAUGUCCACCUUCAGAGUGCUCUACAACUUAGAA